UUGGACUGAAGCAAAAAACAAGAGAGAGAGAGAAAAAAAAAACAAGAGAGAAAAGUUUUAACUUUCGUAGAGGGAAGAUGGACAUGAAGAAGAGGAUCCACUUGGAGCUAAGAAACAGGACACCGUCUGAU